AUGGCACUAAAUCGACAAGUUCGUAGCAACAAAGAACUGGUAGAAGAACUUCAAAAUAGAAUUGCAACCAAUUCAUUAAGUAGAAGUGAGAUCGAUGAAGAAUUAGGAGGAAAAAUUAAAGAGUUGAGAGAGAACUUAAUUACCGGUUAUAAAAGAGUCGAAGCAAGCCAAGAAUUACAAAAAGAGUUAGAAAUUUGGGACGAAUUAGAAGAUGAUGAAUAUAACAACUUUCAGAAUUUACUUAGCAAAAGGGUGAUCGUAGCAAUAAUAACGACCAAAGAAUUAGAAAAAAUUGAACUCUUUGAGGUGCUAGUUGAAAAAACUGCUGAGAAUGGUUUAGAAGAAAACAGCAAAAUUCUCCUUAAUUAUCCUCGUGUGGUUCACAAAAAACGUCUAAAAAAUGGUUAUCUUUUAGGAAAAAUAAGUAAUGAAUUAAUGGAAAAAGUAAGAAAAGCUUGA